UGUAUAUUUUACUCUCCUACGAGAUCACCAGGUUCCUAAACAUAACCCUUAAAUACAUUCUGCCCCAAGUCCGGACGAACAGGAACGUUCACGUAAAUGUACGCACGGACCAUGGACGUGCACAUAUGCACGUACCCUCCGUUCGUUCGCAGACAUCCCUCUCACUCCCACCUUUUCUCCCUCCCAACACCUUGCUCUCAGCUCGUUCCAGACGCGCCUACGUUUCCCAGACGCGUGCGCCACCGUGCCCGCGAGGCUCCCCUACCGAGGAGUGGAGGGACUUGGAUCGUCCAACCGUCCCGCCGGUAGCGGCGUCGCCAGGUGCGGCCUGUCAGGAGCCAGCGCCCAUCCUCGGGCCCGCGGCCCGCCUCAGCCUAGGUGGGAGCCGCUUGCCAGCCGCCGCUGCUGGUGUCACAGGAUGCUCUGUUUGAAAGGUUCGGGGGGACGCUUCUGGCGGCCCCAGCAGCCCCCAAGGGACUGGUGGGGUUUUUUGUCGCUGCCCAGGGUGGGUUCCGGGGCCGGGGCGGGUGCUGCGCGCGACUACUGGCGGUCAGGGGACCAGCAGCUCGUGUCCUCCACCUGGGAUCUGGACCACCACUAUGUGCACCGCAGCGUCAUCCCGACUCUGCACUUCCAGCAGAGCCUGCCCAGAUUACCAGUUCCAAAUGUGGAGGAUUCCAUCAAGCGAUACUUGGCUGCUCAGAAACCUUUACUGAGAGAGAAUGAAUACAGAAUCACUGAAAAACUUGCAAAGGAUUUUAAAAAUGGAGUUGGAAAAAAAUUACAAAGACAUCUUGUUGAGCUGGAUAAAAAGAAUAGUCAUACAAGCUAUAUAUCAGGUCCUUGGCUUGAUAUGUAUCUCUCUGCAAGAGACCCUAUUGUUAUUAACUCUAAUCCUUUCCUCAUACUUAAACGAGAUCCACAAGAAUCAUAUAAUAGGCAAAUCAUGAGAGCAACAAAUUUGGUUGUGUCAGCAAUGAAAUUUCUUAACUCUCUGAGGAAUAAUAUCUUAGAGCCAGAUAUUUACUUUGUCAACCCUGAAUGGAACAAGAGUAAAAAGUUUAAAAGGUUUCUCAGCUUCCUUCCAACCUCUGUGUCUUGGUAUGGAGCAUAUUUUGCAGAAGCUUAUCCUUUAGAUAUGUCACAGUAUGUUCAUCUCUUCAACAGUUCCAGGAUUCCUAAACAAGAUAAAGAUCAACUGUUUUCAGAUCCUGGUGCACGUCAUUUGCUGGUGAUGAGAAAUGGUCAUUUUUAUGUAUUUAACAUAUUGGAUCCUAUUGGAAACAUUUUACAUCCACAUGAAAUACGAGCACAUUUAAUUAAUAUUUUACAGGAUAAGGAAACAAUAGCUGAGUAUCCUCUGGGCUACCUAACCACUGAAAACAGAAAUACCUGGGCAGCGGCAAGAGAACAGCUUCUGAAAGCUGGGAAUGAAGAAAGCAUAUACAAAAUUGAUAGUGCAAUAUUUUGCUUGUGUUUAGAUAGUUUUAGAAUAGAAGAGAGUUCCCACCUAUCACACUGUAUGCUACAUGGAUAUGGUUAUAAUCGUUGGUUUGACAAAUCUUUCAGUUUAAUUGUCGCUGCAAAUGGUGAUGCUGGGAUAAAUUUUGAACAUUCUUGGGGAGAUGGAAUCGCAGUUGUCCGUUUUUUGAAUGAACUAUAUGAAAACAGCACAAAGCAUCCAGCAAUUGAACCAAGAAGUACUACUGCUGUAUUAAGUCCUACAAAUGUAGAAAAGCUGGCAUUUCAUUUGAAUGACUCAAUUCAGACCGCUGUGACUAUUGCACGUCAAAAAUUUGACAAGAAAAGGCAUGAGUUAAAAGUGAAACCAUUCGAGUUUAGAAAGUUUGGAAAAAAAUAUGUAAUCCAAGAAAGAAUGAGUCCAGAUGCUAUAUUUCAACUUGCUUGUCAGCUUGCUGCUUAUCGUCAUUUUGGGAAAAUUGUUCCUACUUAUGAAUCAUGUAGUACUGCUGGCUUUAAACAUGGUCGCACAGAAGCUAUUCGAUCUGCAACAAUUUAUGCAAAACAGUGUGCUGAGGCAUUUAUUAGAGACCGGAAAAAGCACAGUGUACAAGAGCUAAGAAAGCUAAUUAAUAACUGUUCAAAGUACCACAAGUUUUUACAGCUGGAAGCCUCACUAGGAGCAGGGUUUGAUCGACAUUUAUUUGCUUUGAGGUAUCUUGCAGAAUCCAGAGGUGACCCUUUGCCUGAAUUUUACCAGGAUCCAGCCUACGACUAUAUUAACUAUAACAUCAUUUCAACCAGUACAUUAAAUAGUCCUUCAAUUUUACUUGGUGGGUUUGGACCAGUUGUACCAGAUGGCUUGGGAAUUGGAUAUCAUAUCUGUGACUACUGGGUGGGGUGUAAUGUUACUGCAUAUGCAGAAACAGAUUUAGAUGAGUUUCUAUUAUGCCUUGAAGGUAGUUUUAAUGAUAUUUUUGAUGUUUGCGAAGGAAGGCCACUUCAAUAACAUUGAUUUUUUUGUGUAAGGGAACAAUUAGUAUAAACUUUUAAAAUAUUUUCUUGGUCCAUAAAUAGAGAUUUAAAAAUAGCGAAUGUGGUAUUUUUAUAUUGGAAUUGUCUUAUAUUUCCCCCUUCAGUUUACAUAGUGUGAGGAUGUGACAUCCCUUGAAUACUGAUUCCUGAAAAAAAUUUCAUUCUCUAGAAAGCAAAAAGUGAAAUAAAAUUCUAGAAACUUAAGAAUUAACAGUUCUAUUUUUAAGAAAAGACUUGGAGAUUUUUAAUCAGGGAAAUAAAAGGUCAAUAAUAGCU